AUGAUUAAUUUAAAAUAUAAAAACUCAGAAAUUUCAGUACCCACCAAAAUUUUUAUUGAUAAUGAGUGGCAUGAUUCAAUAGAUUGUAAUGAUAACUUUCAAAUUAUCAAUCCAGUAAAUGAGGAAUGCUUGGGGUUUAUAGGACUUGCAGGAAAAGCCGAUGUUGAUAAAGCAGUAGAGUCAUCCAGAAGAGCUUUUAACAAAGGUGAUUGGUCAACCAUGCCUCCAAUGGAACGUGGAAAAUUAAUUUACAAGUUAGCAGAUAAAAUAGAAAAUGAAUAUAGAGAAGUAUUGGCCGCUAUAGAGUCCAUUAAUGUUGGUAAACCAAUUGGUGAAUCAUUACCAUAUGAUUUGAAACAAGUUAUAAAUACAUUCCGUUAUUUUGCUGGUUGGGCUGAUAAAAUUGGUGGAAAGACUAUACCUGUAGUUUCUCAUUCAUCCGAUUCCCCUAAUCAACAAAUUUUAGCUUAUACUAAACAAGUACCAAUAGGGGUUUGUGCUUUGGUGUUACCAUGGAAUUUCCCAUUGCAAUUAUUGACUUUUAAACUUGCUCCUGCUUUAGCUGCUGGUAAUACAGUUAUUAUUAAACCAUCCGAAUUUACUCCACUAUCAACAUUUUAUUUGGCCAAAAUUAUCAAAGAGGUUGGUUUUCCACCAGGUGUUGUAAAUGUAGUUUGUGGUACUGGGCAAGUUGUUGGCGAAGCAUUAUCAUCACAUAUGUUGAUUGAUAAAAUUGGUUUUACUGGCAGUACAAAGGUUGGUAAAAUGGUUCAAACAUCAGCAAUUAAUAGUAAUAUGAAGCAUGUAUCAUUAGAAUUGGGUGGCAAAUCUCCAAUUGUUAUUUUUGAAGAUUGUGAAAAUUUGGAUUUAGCAGUUACAAAUUCAUAUCAUGCAUUAUUUUGGAAUGCAGGUCAAUGUUGUUCAGCAGCAUCGCGUAUUUAUGUUCAAUCAUCAAUUUAUGAUAAAUUUUUAGAAAAAAUGAAAUUAAUGGUAGCAAGUCGUAUCUUGGGUGAUCCAUUGGAAAUGACAACACAUCAAGGCCCACAAGUUAAUCGUGCACAAUUUGAAUCAGUAAUGAAAUAUAUUGAACUUGGUAAAAAGGAAGGUGCUCGUAUAGUAUGUGGUGGCCAACGUUGGAGAGACAAGGGUUACUAUAUUGAACCAACAGUUUUUGCUGAUGUCACUGAUUCAAUGACAAUCGCAAGAGAGGAAAUCUUUGGUCCAGUUAUGGCUGUGAUGAAAUUUGAUACCACCCAAGAGGUUAUCGAUCGUGCCAAUAAUUCAGAAUAUGGUUUGGUUGGUUCUGUAUUCACAAAAGACAUUAAUAAGGCCAUUAUCGUUUCCGAUAGAGUACGUUCAGGCUUGGUUUGGGUUAACUCUUUUAAUAUUAUUGAUCCAGCCAUUCCAUGGGGUGGACUUAAAUCUUCAGGUAAAGGUCGUGACGUUUCCGAAUAUUCAUUACAAAUGUGGACUGAAACCAAAACUGUUGUCAUAAGUGCAUCACUUUAA